AUAAAUGGCUCGGCUGUUCCUUGUGUUGAUAAACACCUGCCCCUGCAAGAAGCUAUAUGUGAAACCUCUCCACCUCACCUGUAACUUGUAACGCCAUGCCCCGCAUCUCCGAAUCGCCUAUCCUCAGCAUCGUACCAUCCAUCUUCGGGACCGCCGCCAUUGGCUAUGGUGUCAACGCGAUUCUUCGCCCCGAACACGCGCUCACACUCUUCGAGCUCGAGAUGCCGCCUGCGUCAUCGCCCGCGCGCAAGGUCGUGGACUGCCUCAUGCUCGCGUACGGCAUCCGUGACAUAUUCAUGGGCGUCGCGGUGUACGCAGCAUCUUACCACGGGAACCGCAAGGCGCUCGGGGCGAUCAUGAUCGCUCUAAGCUGCGUGGCGUAUGCGGACGGGCUGGUUUGCUGGGCGAAUAACGGGAAGGGGCAGUGGAACCACUGGCCGCUCGCGCCGCUUGGGACUAUUGUCGGAGGGCUGUUGAUGGGUGCUAUGGAUAAGUAGGACGGGAGGUCAAACGUUGAUCCAGGGCAAUGCCGAUGGACUGUCGUGCUCCAUAUCCAUAUCCAAAGUGUUCGCACUACGAACGCAGAAGGCAAGCAGACACUUCUCCAGAGUUAUGAUCAUGCUGUGCUGUAGUAUUCAGCAUUAGAUUGUUUUUGUGUUAUGCAAACGGCC